AUGAGUGCGUCUCCGGCAAAUGAGUUGGCCCUGCCUUCCGCCACAAGCACAACUUACGAACAAUCAUAUCAACCAAAAUCUUUCCAAAGGAAGGAAUUUCAGGUUUCAUCUUCAACUGCAAAUGCAACCCCUCCAGCACAGAUUAUACCCCAAGAAAAUCCGGUACCAGUAGCGAGUAAAGAAGCUUCAGUACCAGAAAGCCUGGUGGAGAUCAUAGAAAAUAACGAAGUGAAUAAAGAAAAAGAAGUUAUAGAAGAUGCUACUCCAGAGUCUGGUGACGAUGAUUCCAAGAAAAUCUCACCUUCAAGUCAAAAGUUUCUUUCCAACUUGAAGAGUUUUAAUAUUGAUAGGACUAAAUAUAAACAUUAUGGACAUCAAUCUCUGAUGAAUGCUCAAUCAUUAACUAAAAUUAUUAGUGAAGCUCAAGUUAAACAAGAAUAUAACUCUUCUAAUAAUUCUCCCAUUUCAAACAAUAGAAUAGUUAUAGAUGAGAGAAUAUCUCAAAUUUUAGGUUUACCUCAACAAGUUACUGAAGAAGAAUCAUUUUGGCCAUAUAAUAUAGAUACGCUUAACGAAAUACUUCGAUUUAAAGUUGAACAAGAAAAAACCAGACAGGAAUCUAUUAAAAGUGAAUUUGGAACUACUGCAGUUGAAUUAUUAAAAUUAGCUAAAUCAAUGAAUAUUAGUGGUGAUUUGAUUCCAUUUUUGUUUAUAUCAAAUGCUGUCUCAGUGGAUAAUUUAAAGGUUAAGAUUGAAAAGUUGAAAAAUGAACCUCAAGAAUUGAUCGAUGAAUUAGCUCAAAAUUCAAGAGAGUUAGCUCCAGAGAUAUCAAGAUUUAGUUCUAUCAUGUCUCAUAAUAACAAUACAUCAAUCGAAACCAUGGCAUCAUCAACUUCAGGAAACAAUGUGAUGGGUCUAAAAAGAAAAUUCUCUGAUACCCAAUUGCCAUCAUUUUCUGAAACGGCUGAAAGCAUUAAAGCCAGCAAUAGUAGUUUUGUAUCUCCUACCACAAGAUCACCAAAUAAACUGCCUACUGCUGGCCAUAGAAGAGUUAGCUCUGAUACAUCUGAAGCUACCAAAGUGACAACUUCUCCACCUUCUAAAACUCAUUUACCAUUACCACCUACGAGCUAUCCUCAACUCCAACAGCAACCACUGCAUCAACAACAACCUCAACAUUAUCUGCCGGAUUUGCAACCACAAAUGGCUCCACAGAAUACUUCUUAUCCUGUUUAUUAUACCCCUCAACCCAUGGUUCAUCCUAAGGAUCAAGCAGCAGGAAAAGUAUUAGGAUCACCAUAUUCACAAAAAUAUCAACCAGUGUUAUACCAAACUCCUGGUCCACAUAGUGUACCACCUCAAUCUCAACCACCUCAAGCUCAUUAUCAAGGUGAAUAUAUUGCCCAACCUCCACAACAACAUUAUCAAUAUUAUAUUCCAUCACCUCCAAAUAAUGCUGGUCAAUAUAUGAUUCAAGGUCCUGGCAUGGUUAGAAUGCCUCCACAACAACAACCGCAACAACAAAGGCCACCACCACCGCAUCAUAUUCCACCUCCCCCACAGGAACAACCUGUACCGACCCAUCAAUUUCAAUCACCACCAGAUCUGAGUAACAAUAGAGGAGUACCAAUAUUCAAAUCGGCUGAGAUUCAUGAGGAUACUAGUCCAUAUAAGAAACAAAGGUCAUCUUCAAAGAAUACUAGUAUUAACUUUAUGAUUACUACACCUAAGAACCCUCCUGCUAGAAAGUACAAUAAUCCUCAUAAAGAUAAAUAA